AUGUGGGUUAAACCUCAAGAGGUGUUCAUAAAAACUGCUAUGUGGGACAGUGAUGAGACAACUUUAUACUUUGUUCUUCAAAGGAGAAAAGGUCAUGGCAAAUCGAAAGGUUUUUCUUCUCUUCUAGUAGGCACUUUAGAUAGUGUUAUGGACACGAAACCAGCUCCAUAUAGAAUAUUACAUCAAACUCCUAACUCUGAAAUAUAUUAUGUAAUAGCAACAGCUCUGACUGAACAAGAGAUUAGGCAAGACUGGCAGUGGUUAUUUGAAAAUGUAAGCCCAACUUUACAUUCAUUUGAUAAGGAGGAAGAAAUUACAGAAUUUGUAUGUUGUAAAAUUAAUUCAAUUAUAGCUACUGAACAGGAAACUUUAACUGAAGAUGAAGAUACUUACAAAAAUGUGGACUAUCUAUUUCACCAAAGAUUUGCAAUGCCAAAAGAUGAAAAAUUGGUGUGUUACUACUCAUGCAGUUACUGGAAGGGUAAAAUGCCACGCCAAGGAUGGAUAUAUCUAUCAGUCCACUACAUGUGUUUUUACUCAUAUAUUUUUGGAAAGAAGACAACACUCAAGAUAAGAUGGGCUGAUGUCACAGAAUUAGCAAAAACAAAUAGCAUAUUGUUUCCAGACUCAAUUAAAGUUGUUACAAGAGAUGGAGAGCAUUAUUUCACGAUGUUUGUAAAGAAGAAUGAGACAUUUGCACUUAUGCAACAGUUGGCUAAUAUUGCUAUGAAACAGUUAAUUGAUGACAAGUCUGGUAGUUUCAACAUAGAUAAAGAUCUGUUGACAAAGUUAAGUAAAAAUGUACCAAAAAAGGCAUCUUUCUUAAAGCGAGACUUAGAUGCAAGAAAACAGUCAAAUCUGUAUACCCUACGUUUUCGUUUACCUCACACUGAAAAACUGGAUGGUAGCGAAGAGUGUACAUUAUGGACCCCUUACAAUAAAAGAUACAAUUGGGGCAGAUUGUAUUUAUCACAAAAUUUUAUAUGCUUUGAUAGUAGGGUACAUCAUCUUGUUAGAUUGACGAUUCCACUUCGUAAUGUGCAUCAAGUUGAACGCGCGGAUUCAGGUGGCGCCGGCAGUUCUGGAGAUUCCGGCAGCAUACUCAUCACCACCGCGCACCACACAAGUUUUCUCUUCGGCAAUAUAUCGGACCGUGACUUCCUCGUUCACAAGAUAUCCGAACUGCUCGCCAAGUUGCCUAAUGAUGUAUACAGGGAGAAGGCGAACCGAGCGUUGGAUAGAAGAGAGGAGGGAACUGAUUGGACGCCCCAGCCGCCACUAAUGACACUCUUCAAGACGCAUCAGACUGCUACUAUAAAACAGAUACAGCAGAAAAAGGAAAAACAAUGGGAAGAUCACAUGUCAGAAGUAGGACGCGGAGUCAGCAUGUACCAAACCAUCGCGGGAAAUGAGCUAGUGGUUAACGGUAUACCGGAAUCUUUACGGGGCGAGUUGUGGAGUGUGUUUUCGGGUUCGAUUCUUCAAAAGGCGCAGAAUAAAGGCUUAUAUGCAAAAUUGGUUAAUGAGGCAUUGUCUUCAAGGAAUCAGGCUAAUGAUGAGAUCGAAAGAGACCUCCACAGAUCGCUCCCUGAACAUCCUGCGUUUCAGAACGACGUUGGUAUUUCGGCAUUAAGACGUGUACUUUGCGCAUACGCGCUUAAAAAUCCUACGAUCGGAUAUUGUCAGGCGAUGAACAUUGUUGCCUCGGUCUUGCUAAUCUACUGUCCUGAAGAACAAGCCUUUUGGCUGCUGGCAACUAUAUGUGAAACUCUAUUGCCUGACUAUUACAAUACAAGGGUUGUGGGUGCUUUGGUGGAUCAAGGAGUAUUGGACGACUUGACCAAAACACAUUUGCCUGAGCUGCAUGCGAAGUUGGAUGAGCUGGGUAUGAUGAAAAUGAUCUCGUUGUCCUGGUUCCUGACGCUGUUCAUCAGCGUCAUGCCCUACGAGUGCGCGGUUAAUGUCAUGGACUGCUUCUUUUACGAUGGUGCCAAAGUGAUCUUCCAGGUGACACUGACAAUUCUAGACAUAAACCGCGAGAAACUGCUAAAGUGCAUUGAAGACGGGCAAGCAAUGCAGGUUCUAAGCGAGUACCUUGAAGGCAUUUACAACGAGGAGGCUAUGGCCUUGUCCACCGAGCCUCGCACCGCUGCAAAGACGAUAAAAAUCCAAGAUUUGGUGUACCAGUCUUAUCGAUCGUACGGUGCGACCGUGAGUGGAGAAUGUAUCGAGCAUUUGCGGCUGAAGCACCGGUUACGUGUGGUGCGCCAGCUGGAGGACAGCCUGGAGAAGAACACGUUGCGUGCGUUGCAGCAGGACAAGCUGUUAGAUCCCGCAGAGCUGCAGGAGCUGCUGAGUGUUAUUCGGGAAGAAUUAUUUUGGGCAAAGCGUGUACCAUGCGAACGUUUGGAAGCACCUUACGAAGCGUACAGACUCGACUACACACAGUUCAAGAACCUGUUUACUGCACUGUCACCCUGGGCAAAAGGUGAAAAUGCUGAAGCCGUUACGGCUAUGAUGUUCAAGCUGGUGGACGACGACGAGGACGGGAUGGUGAACGCGCGCGGGCUGAGCGUGGCGCUGGGGCUGAGCGCGCGCGGCGAGGCGGCGCGGCGGCUGCGCGCGCUGUACUGCGCGCACGCGCCGCCGCUGCUGGCGCCGCACCACCUGCGCGACGCCACCUACACGCACACCGGCGAGGAGCUCGCCGCAGACGCCAUCUCCUACUUCGACAGCUUAGAGAAUCCGUCCACACCUGAGCCGAAUGUCAAUUUAGGCAUGCAACGAUCCAUCAGCGAAAUUUGCAGCGAUGGCAAUUAUAUGGACAAGUCCACAGACAGUAACUACGGUAAGCCUGAGAGUGAAGCGGCUGCGGUGCGUGCGUGCGCGCUGGCGGGGCUGGCGGGGCCGGCGGGCGCGGGGUCGCCGGGCUCGCCGCGCGCCGCGCCGCCGCUGCCGCGCGCGCACCUGCUGCGCCUGCUGGCCACGCUGCACGGCCUCACCGAGCACAGCGGCCCGCUGUACGAGGCCGUGGCGCGCGCCGGUACAUUACUGCUUCAAUUGGGCGAAUUAACACAUCGGCCGGAGUUAGAUCGCGAGAUAUCCCAAGACAGCCUUUUCUUAGCUGCUACUGCUGCCAAACAACCCGUCGUUGCUCAGCUGGACCCAAAUGGCAACAAAACGGCUGAACUAGAAGGAUCGUCGUCUCAGCUGUCACCGUCAAAGGAAAACGAGCCGUCCUCCGACAGCGUAUGGUUUAUAACGCUUGAACAGUUCUUAGCCACAAUACUUUCAGAGCCUGCUCUGGAGGAGUUAUUCAAUAGGCAGGAGCCGUUACUGCCUCAGCUUGAAGCUCUUAGGCAAAGGGAUCGAUCACAGUCUUUAUUAUAG